CAUUUUCAAACAUCUCUUGAGAAGCGUCUACCCGAUUGGCGAGGAGCAAAUAUUGGUGCCGUUGCUCUUCAGUGUUGUUUUGGUUUGCGAACGCCUUGAUCUAAGUUUUGUGGCAAGUGCGACGUCGUUUCACGGCAUUUUCCAUCACCAUGACCUGCUGCGCCUUCGUAUGCCAAAAUGGUUUCAGCAAAGGCAUGAAUGUCUUCUCGACACCGCCCGAUGGCAGCACCCGCCUUGUGUGGCUCUUCCUUUUGGACCGUCCGUGACCUCUCACCGUAAACAGAGAGCCUUUCCGUGCGUGAGAGGUUUUGUAACACGGGGUGAAUGUGUGUGUAUGUGUGUGACGUGAUUUGACAGUGAGCCCAGCGCUCUGGAUCCGAACUCUGCUACUACGCUUUCCCCGUGCUAUCGGCGCAGCUGAUGGACUCUGGGGUCGCGAGGAAAGCAUCGAGGAUUAUCGUCUGUCGGCAAAGCUCACUACGUUCAGAAGCGAAAGGCUCCCUAAAUCUGCAGUGAUCGCAUCGGGGAAACGAGAGUGUGUGCUGCUGCUGCUGCCACUGGGGAUCGCGCUCCCCGACCUGCCUGUGUGUGUGGCUCACGACUGUGCGAGGUCAGUGUCUCCUCCGUUGUUGUUGUGGAACAAGUGAUCGCCGCCGUCGGAGCCGAGCGGGAGGAUAUCGUCGACUGCACCGAGACUGACUGCCACAGUGACUUCCGUCGCACAGUCCGCACUGCUUACCUUCGGCAGUUCACGACAGGAACCGCGACGUCAGUAAGAGCGACCCGGACACUCCGGAAGUGAGCGAAGCUGUUAUCCUCCAGUUGGUCGGGAGUUUUCCUGGCGUGCUUACCCAAAAAAGAAACGGCAGCUGGGAAACUGGUUUGUUUGCCGUGAAGCUCGCAGCACCCGAAGACUACAGCAGAGACGGCAGCGGCGGCGGUGCCAGCCGCAGCCAUGCCGGGUCGCGUCGGCGGCUGCCCUGAGACGAGAAGGCCGGGAGUCGUGCCGGCGGCUCUGCACUAGGCCCUGAGCGGCCGCCCCCCCCUCUCCCCUCCCCUUCCCUCCGCUCCUCAACCCCGUUUCCCGUACCUUCCCGCCGCUUCCCCCACCCGACGACGCUCACGAUGACGUCCAGCUGCCUCGACCUGAGCGCCAAGAUGGCGCCGUGCUUCAUGAGCCGCGACGACUCGCACUUCACGCCGCACGGCUCACUCCAGCAGCAGCACCAGCAGCAGCCCCACUGGGCGCGGGGCCACCGGCGCACCAAGAGCGCCGGCAACUACGGGCCCCGCGACCUGAGCAUCUACACCACCAUGGGCCUGUACGCGCACCACGGCACCACGCUGCCGCCGCUCGCCCAGUCCGAGUCCACGCUGGCGCUGGCGCCGCUCUACGAGUGGCAGCAGCGGCACCACCAGCUGUCCGGGUUGGGCGGGAGCACCUCGGGUCACCACCACCUGCACCACUUGCACCACCACCACCCGCUGUCCGAAGUGACCUACAGCAGCGCAGCCGAGUUCGCCAGGACGGGAGGAGAACACCGCGGAGAGCGCCUGCUCAGGCCGGACCUCGAUGAGGUGGACCCAAACUUGCGAGAGUGCGGCAUUCUUGGCUGUCGGCCACGGUGGUUACAGUACUUUGCCAACAUCAGAGUUUUUGUGUUUCUGUCGUGCCUGCUGGUUACCCUGCAGCAAGCAUUGUCUACUGGAUAUGUAAAUAGUGUAAUUACAACAAUCGAGAAGAGGUUUGAUAUCCCUAGUCGAGUGUCAGGAGCCAUUUCAAGUUCAUUUGAGAUUGGAAACCUGCUGACCAUUAUUUUUGUGAGCUACCUUGGGAGCCAUAGGCACAUUCCUGUUUGGAUUGGCAAAGGAACCAUUGUAAUGGCAAUCGGGUCUUUUGUCUUCUCGCUUCCGUACUUCAUGGACCAAUCUAAUUCUCCAAGCAUUUAUAGGCUUAAUGUCACUCGCAUUGAGGACGAAAACACAUGCCAAAUGCCCACAGCUGCCAUGGUGCCCGAACACACAAGCAGCCACUUUAUUAACCCGCCCUUGUCACCCGACGCUGAGCAAAGAUGCAUCGACGGCAGGUCUUCGAAUGCCUUGUAUAUUUUCAUAUUUAUGUGUGCCCAAAUCCUGAUCGGGUGCGGUGGGACACCUAUUUUUACUCUGGGAACAACCUACAUCGAUGACCAUGUUCGGAAGGAGAGCUCUUCAAUGUACAUUGGCUGCAUGUAUAGCACAGUGGCCUUCGGCCUAGUGGUGGGCUACCUGCUGGGUGGAUUCCUCCUGUCUCAGCACGAGAAUUCCUUCCUGGGUGGCACUGUGCCGCGAGGCAUCUUUCCUGGCGCCCCCCGGUGGAUCGGCGCCUGGUGGGCUGGUUUCGUCCUGUGCGGCAUCUUUCUCAUGCUGGUUGCAGUGCCUUUCUUCGCAUUCCCCAAAGCCCUGCAGAGAGAGAAAGCACGGCUGAAGCGUGACGAAGAGUACAUGAUAGGAGGAACCAAGAUGGUAGUUCCAGGUCUCAACCAGAAAGUGGAGGUCUGGAAGCCCUCUGGAGUCGCAGACCAGCACAACGCUUCCUCUUCCGAGAUUCCACAAAAGCAGAAAUACGGCCGUGACAUCAAAGACAUCCCAGCAUCCAUGUGGCGCCUGCUGUGUAACCCCAUCUACAUGGUGACUUGCCUUGGCUCCUGCAUGGAGCUGGCCAUUGUCAGUGGCUUUGUUGUCUUCCUGCCCAAAUACCUGGAGACUCAGUUCAACAUCGGCAAAUCGCAAGCCAACGUUUUCACAGGUGGAAUCGCCAUUCCUGGUGCCUGUGUUGGAAUAUUCUUGGGAGGCUACGUCCUUAAGAAGUUCCAAAUGAGACCGAAAGGGGCCAUUCAAUUUGUGCUCUGCUUCAACCUGCUGUGCAUGGGUCUCUACACACUCCUGUACUUCUUAGGCUGUGAUAACAUCCGCAUGGCUGGGGCCACACUUCCUUACUUCAACAAUAGCAGCGAGCUGGAUACGUUCCAGGUGAACCUAACAGCCGACUGCAACAUGGGCUGCCGCUGCUCACCCAACGACAUCGAGCCUGUUUGCGGCCGCAACGGCAUCACGUAUUUCUCGCCGUGCCAUGCAGGCUGUCGGCCAGGAGCUGGCCAUGGAUCACACCUCAACUACACGUCGUGUGCCUGCAUCGUGCCUAAUGUGACCAUGAACCCCGAAGUGACAGCCGUACCGCUGGCGACCAGCGGGCCGUGUCCGCAGCCGUGUCUGGCAUUCAUCCCAUUCAUGGUGCUUCUGUUUGCCAUGACUCUGGUGGUCUCCAUCACGCAGAUGCCACUGCUCAUGAUCAUACUGCGAUCUGUUGGUGAAGAAGAGAGGUCCUUCGCAUUGGGAAUGCAAUUUGUAAUAUUUAGGUUAUUUGGUUACAUCCCAGCGCCAAUAAUGUUUGGUAAUGUGAUAGAUUCGUCCUGUAUCCUUCGAAAGGCUCACUGCGGCAAGCCAGGGGGCUUCUGCUUAGUGUAUGACAUUGAGCAGUUUCGACUGAGGUACAUUGCCGUCUGCUCCGGCCUCAAAGUGGCCGCUGGGCUACUGUUCUUCCUCGACUGGCUUCUGAUCACAUGGCGGCACAAGCGCGAACUCAAGGAGGCGCCGCCCAUGACGGUUGGAGAGAUUGUUUCCUCCAUCAUCUCGCUCGACCGUCUUUCUGCGCUUGGCUGGGGCGAGGGCGAGCAGAAGGAAGAUGUCCUCCCUCUGGGGAACUGUGCAGAGGAGAUCAUCGACAGUGGCCAUGAGAAUGCGGUCCACUCGGGUACAGAGCACGAAGAGAAAGACCGGCAUUGUCAGCCGCUGCUCAGGAGCAGCACCGCAGCUCAGCCGGGCCCAUCAGAACUGGUCUGCUAGCUCAACUAGUACGGUGUGUAACUGUGUAUGAGUCAUGCGGCGAGCGCCGAGUCAUCUUCAGCCUCACGUGAACAUACAUGGCAAGUCAACAAAUAACGCUAGAGGCUCAACCUAAGCCCUGCCGGCGCCACGCGUGCUUCGACUGAAAACACAAUGAAAGCUAAGACGGACCUGCAUGCUCAUCAACUGUCUUCUGGUGGUGGAAGAAAGAAUGGUUGCAGCUACCUCCGGCUGGGCUGUAUUGCGAUUUUCCAGAAGACCUCCCCCCUUGGCGCACGGAGAGCGUACGAUGAGGUUGUUGCCUCAACAAUCGGCCUAUCGUGUAUCGGCAACUAGCCCCAGGUUCCGGAUGAAACCGACCACCUCUUGGUUCUACUAGCUACAAACUGCGGACUUGACAUGUGGCGUAAAUGCUGUGCAAGCACAUGUCAGAGCCGUCAGACCCGUCGAUGACACCGCCGGUAACAGAGAGCACGCCUACUAACAUCACAGGCCUUGUUUCCGAGGCUCCUGAAAAUGAAAAUGACAAUAACCACUACAUCCAGAGUGGCUCGUGGCAGCGUUGGGAUGUGGGAACCACUGUUCACAACAUGUGCAGGUAAUAUGCAGACCUUAGAGUGCCUACAGUGCUUAUACCCUUGGGAGAUUUGAUGGCGUUUCCGAAAUGACAAGUUUCAAGCCAGCGCCACAUCAAAAGCCGCUUAGCAAGCGUGCUUUCAGAGCGGCAGAUCAUAGCUGCAAUCACCUCUUCGUUUUCUUUCCUUUUCUGCGUUGAAGUGAUUAUUUGCCAACGUUAGCCUACUGAGAUUGUUUUCCUUGGGCAUGGCGGCAGUGUUAUUUUUGAUGCACCGCUCGUCAUCCACGUCACACGUUGUACAAACAUUAUCGUGUGGGGAGAAUACGUGCAUGUCGGUAGAAGGUAGUAACACACUUCCAUUGGUAAUGACAGGCUUUUUUUUUUUUCUCUUAUCCUUCAAACAGACAUCUUGCAUUUACAUAAUGGCUCUCUUUCCACAACAUUGUAUUUUCUUGUAAAGUUCUUGUUUCUCGCUUGAAAACUGCUAUGGCCCUCUGUUCCUUGUGCAUUAAAGGGACAUUAACAUAAUGACACAGUUUAAGCUGGCGAAUUAUCCCUUCAAAAUUCUAAUGUGCAUUUCGUUGGUAGAAGAAAUAUACUAUUGAAAAAACAGAGGACAAACUCGUCUUCUUGAAUUCAGCACCCAAAUCGUGGCAUUGAUGGCAUCGUGACAUCGCAGGUAUCACUGCAUCUUCUUUAUGUUUGUGCCCUUCAGCAGGGAGUGUUCGCAGAAUUUGCCAGGUUGGUUGUCCUUGUUAUUUUAGAAUGCAAUUGACUCGUUUCUGUCAACAAGCAGUUAUCCAGGCCUUAGCAGACACUACCGAAAUCUAUGAAGUUACACGUAGCCAAUUCAGUAAUUUAAAAAAUUACACCUUCGCUUUUUUUUUUUUUCACAGCAAGCUUUUGCUUAUAGGAGGACAAACUGUUCACAAUACGAGCAAUGUGAUCCUCCAGUCUAGAUGAAAUCAAUAUUUUAAUGUCCGUUUACGGUCUCAUUUUUUGUCAUUAUUAUUGGCACCUUUAUUCUGGCCAAUUUAUUUCGAGUCGCCUUACCCUAAACACUAGACAGUAGUAACAGCAUUUAAUUGCAGUUAUGAAAAUUAUUUUGAAAUGAAAUUUCGCUUUGCGACUGCCUCGUGUUGUCGAUUACAAAACAAGUUGCAUUCUUUCUCAGCUCGUCAGAAAAUGAGAAGCUAGUUUCUUUCACUGCGCCCUCGACACCUCACAACCAUGAGCAUUAGGGUGAUUUAGGCCUGUGUUUUGCGACAUUCUAUUUCAUUUUUUUAUGGACCCUUUUCCUAAUGUGUAAGUUUGUUCCUCUACAUUGCACAUUUGCUAAACUAAUGGUGGCACCAGUCGUUGUUCAAAUGAAAAUUAAGUUCCACCUGCGCGUGCCGGGGAUUGCCUCUCACGCAUGCCUUCGUCACGUCGCUUUUGUUUCCUUAACGUCGCCUCACCUACAUUUUCCAUGUCGUAAUACAAGCAAGCUGUGCUUGUGCACGCUGCAUGCAAAAACGACCAAGCCGCCAUUAGUAGGGCAAACUGUCUUGCAGGAAAGCUAGCUUUACAAUUUUCAAAGGGAUCCAAGUGAUAACAGCAAUGCAGCAGCAGCCACGCCAUAUUCGAGCCAAUUACAAAAGGCAGAAAGAAUGUAAAAUGAAAUGGAGUGUUAACAAAACACAGUCCCAAGUUCAA